AUGAAUAUACCUGAAACUCUUUCUGUACAAUUAAUAAGAGUUGAUCCCGAUUCAGAAUGUUUUUAUGCUUUAUUAAUACGUGAUGAUCUUCCAACAAUCAUCAAUGCAUUUAAAGGUUGGGAUGCUAAAAAACUACCGUUAAGUAUUGAACCAAAACCAAAUAUACCUGUUUGUGCACAAUAUGAAGGUGAUAAUCUUUGGCAUUGA